GCCCAUUUAUUUCACCUCGGGGUCCUCCUCCCUCCGCCGCUUCUUGAUUUCCCAAGCGAAUUCCCCCCGCCGCCAAACAACCACCACUCCUCGGUUCUACUCCUUUCCAGCCCCUGCCUAUAGGCAUUUAUUUCUCUGCCAAAAUCCUCUCUCCAGAGACACGGAAAUGGCGUCCCAACCCCAGGCAGGCCGCUUCACCCAGGGAGUGGCGGCUCGUGCCCCGCCGCCGGCCUCCGUUGAAGGCCCCGCCUACCGCGCCACCCUGCAGAGAUGCGUGGCGCUCGUCGACUGGUGGCUGGUGAGGGGCGAAGACGACAAGAUCCGUGUUGCUGGGUACCCUGAGAGGAAUCGAGCAGCUCGACUAUUCUAUUCUGAUUCCAUUACAAUGCGGCAUGCUGAUGGCACCCUUGAGACUGCAGAUCACAAAAUUCUAUUAAUUAGGGGUCCAUUAAAUAUCAGACAGAUGCAUUGUAAUGGAUUUCCUUAUGAGGUUUCUAAAUACUUCCGACGUGGUUUUCCUGUUCAAUGGGAGCAAUGUGCUAAUUCUAACAUGAAACAGAUGAAUGAAAACACACAAUCUCCAUCAAAAUCAACUGAAUAUUAUAUAGAGAAGUUCUUGCGUGGCAGCUUUAUCAAUUCUGCGGAAUAUAGUUUCAUGGAGGCUGAUUUCAAAUCAUCUAAAGGGCCUACUGGUAAUACAGAUGGACCUCCCAGCCAAGGGCUUUCAGAUUUGUCUAAUGGAAUACCAAAAGUUCAGGAACCUACUGGAGAUGGUGCUGAUUAUCAUAACUCUGUGAGCAUCACGACUGCAUCUGAGGGAUUAUGUAAUGGCAGAAUCGGUAUGCCUGAUGAAUCUUGUGAAGAUUCUGGGCCUGGAGAAACAUAUAGUGGUCGAACAAGUCAAGCAGCAAAACCACGUGAAUUACAAGUAUUGGCCAAAGGGUUGAGUCCAGCAUUUGGACUUCUUCAAUGUUCAAAAGAUAACACAGGCAGAAGACUGCGGAGUGGCAAAGUUUGUGAAAUGUCAAAUGGUGCUUCAUUUAAGAAGGGUAACACCAAGAGGAAGACAAUGCAGCAUGAGACAUUGAAUGUGAAUGUGGAACCAAUUGAAGAGACAACAUCCCCUUCAGAUCCGACUUGUCAUGAAAAUGGUGGCUCAGUUACUCAAAUCCCUGCUGCAGAUGAACUUCACUCACAACAUUCAGGUCAUAAAGGAAAAGGGAGAGGAAGACCUAGAAAGAGGGCGAGGACCGAGGAGGUGUAGCAUCGAGCAUGGUUGUAGGAUGAGGAAGAUGCUACUGCUGUGAAACGGUUGGCAGAACAGUUCUUUGCAGGCCAACUAUCUAUGUAUGUAGGUGCAUCUGGAGACUAUGUUACAAACCAAUUCACAUGUGCUGAUGAUGAGCUCAAGUACAACAGCUUCAGAUGUAUCUCUUCCUAGCUUUCUACAGCUGAAGGAGCUGCUCAUGGUGGCUGGGCGUCACUGGCUUAUCUCACGGAUCACCCAGAGGAAGCCUCAUCUAUCCAUGAGGUGAUCUAUGCAACGAGGUCCAUGUCUGAACUGUUGUGAGACCGGUAGUUUGUAUAGGUGAUCGUGUUUCAUCGAAUGGCUUUUGGUUCCCUGGUCUGUAUGAUCGGGCUCCAGGAAGUUGGUCCCAGGUAGUAGCUCUUUUUGGAAGUAGCAAGAUGGGUUGGGUAAAAACUCAGAAAAACAUCUGGCUUCUAGACUCACUUUUCUGUGAUGACUAUGGUUUUGUACUUCCGUUUAUUAAAUGGAACCGGGGAGAAAUCCAUGUGAAUCUAAAAAAGAAGUGCUGGUGUAUUACUCA